UCUUGGGAUUGCUUUGGGGACGCUAGGGACCCUUGACGCCACCCAGGGAAGUCCCUGGGGGUUCUAGAAUGGGGUCCUCUGGGUACUCAUUGGGAUCUUGGGGGCUCAGUUGGAAUCUAAAAAUUUUCCGGGAGGUGAGGGCCAGGCACCCCAAGAUGCGUAACUCUGCUCUCCGGGUGAUGCUCACACAGUGGGGAGACUUCCAGGGGGAGAAGCGAGCAGACAUCCAGCUGAACAGCUUUGGCUUCUACACCAACGGCUCUCUGGAGGUGGACCUGAGCCUCCUGCGGCUGGGCCUCCAGGAGACAGAUGAGAAAGCCCCAUUGGUGGGGUUCAGUCUGACCCGGGUUCGAUCUGGCAGUGUUCCUUCCUAUUCAAGCCGAGACCCUCACGACUGUCCUCUCCGGCAAAACAGUAGCAAUCUCCUGGCUCUCUUCCUCAUCAACACCAAGGAUCUGCAGGUCCAGGUACGAAAGUAUGGGGAACAGAAGAAGCUGUUCAUCUCUCCCGGGCUCCUCCCCGAAGCGCCCUCCGAACCAGAGCUCCCGAAGUCAGAGCACAGGGUCACCCCCAAGGUGGAUGGCGUCACCUGCUUGCCCCUGGCAGGGACCACUACUGCACCCGACAAGGCCAAGUUGAAACCCACAGGGUCACAAGGAGACCAGCAGGGCAUCGGUGGGAAGGACCAGGACCUGGUGUUGGGCCUGGGCCACCUCAACAACUCCUACAAUUUCAGUUUCCACGUGGUGAUCGGCUCGAGGGCCGAGGAAGGCCAGUACAGCCUCAACUUCCACAACUGCUACAACUCGGUGCCGGGCCGGGAGCAGCCGUUCGACAUCACGGUAAUGAUCCGGGAGAAGAACCCCGAGGGCUUCCUGUCGGCGGCGGAAAUCCCCCUCUUCAAGCUGUACAUGGUCAUGUCCGCCUGCUUCCUGGCCUCCGGCAUCUUCUGGGUGUCCAUCCUCUGCAAGAACACGUACAACGUCUUCAAGAUCCACUGGCUCAUGGCAGCCCUGGCUUUCACCAAGAGCGUCUCCCUCCUCUUCCACAGUAUCAACUACUACUUCAUCAACAGCCAGGGCCACCCCAUCGAAGGCCUCGCUGUCAUGCACUACAUCACGCAUCUGCUGAAGGGCGCCCUCCUCUUCAUCACCAUCGCCUUGAUCGGCUCUGGCUGGGCCUUCAUCAAGUACAUCCUGUCCGACAAGGAGAAGAAGGUCUUCGGGAUCGUGAUCUCGCUGCAGGUCCUGGCCAACGUGGCCUACAUUGUCAUCGAGUCCCGCGAGGAGGGCGCCAGCGACUACGGCAUCUGGAAGGAGAUCCUCUUCCUGGUGGACCUCAUCUGCUGCGGCGCCAUCCUCUUCCCCGUGGUCUGGUCCAUCCGGCAUCUCCAGGACACGUCUGGCACUGAUGGGAAGGCGGCAGUGAACCUGGCCAAGCUGAAGCUGUUCCGGCAUUACUAUGUCAUGGUCAUCUGCUACAUCUACUUCACACGGAUCAUCGCCAUCCUGCUGCGGGUGGCCGUGCCUUUCCAGUGGCAGUGGCUGUACCAGCUCUUGGUGGAGGGCUCCACGCUCUCCUUCUUCGUGCUCACGGGCUACAAGUUCCAGCCCACAAGGGAUAACCCGUACCUGCAGCUGCCCCUAGAGGAUGAGGAGGAUGUGCAGAUGAAAGAAGUAGUGACCGAUUCUGGGUUCCGGGAAGGCCUGUCCAAAGUCAACAGAUCGACCAGCAGGCGAGAGCAGUUGUGAUCAUGUCCCCACCUCGGACGCUCCGUCAUCCUUCAUCCUCCUCUCUUCACACAUUCCCUGCUCCGGCUUCUCCCAAAGAGCGUGUGGGGAGGAGGGGGCCGGUGCUCACAAGGCACCCAGCUCCCUGGGACCUGAGUUCCUGGAGCCCGUUCAGAAGAAGACAGACAGCCCCCCUCCCUCACAAAUGUUGAGCGCCCUGUCCCCACUUGCAGCUGUACAAUAAUGACCGAUCUGUUUUGCUA